CCUCGUUCAAAUAUUACGACAUAGAAUUACGAACGAGGACACGGUUAGAUGAAGCUGGUAAUUACUUCCAAAAUCUGUUGGUCUAAUCGAUACCAGUAUGGGAUGUAUGUAUUCCAGUGCAGAUAGAUCGGACAGAAGUUCCAGAACCUUCCGUGUCUACAAUGUUGAUGAAAAUGGAGAUGAGUUGAAUUCUGGAAAAAUCGAAGUAACAGAUGUAGAUUUGAUUCUGCAUCAGAAAGGAAAAGAUCCCAUUCAUUGGCCAUUACGUUGUCUGAGGCGAUAUGGAUGUGACCAGGAGUUGUUUUCCUUCGAAAGUGGCAGACGUUGCCCAACCGGUCCUGGAAUUUAUGCAUUCAAAUGCCGCAGGGCAGAGUCCCUUUUUGCUGCUGUCCAGGAGUGCAUACAGAGAGCAGGACAGCAAGAUGAGCUUGGGGCAAACCAGGCAUUUGACCAUAACAUUCACAACAGUCGACCAUCCUCUGUUAUAGAAAUGCAGCAAGUGAAUGGAUUUGUUGUACAGCCUGGAAGUUUACAAACAAAUGCCUUGACAAGAGACAUCAACUACAUUAAUGUUGACACAAAUGUUGAUGCUGAUCAUCAAUAUGUCAAUGUCAACACAGGUGGCGCUAAUGGCUCUAGACCUCGUAGUUUACCUAACGGUGGAAUGGACAGUGUUAAUGCUGAGUCAGUACUCAUAGAUUUCUUACAUAAUCCUAAACUUCAGCAAGAUAGCGACUACAACAGAAAUUCAGCAGGUUUACAGUAUAUCAGACUAGACCUGCCGGAAAGCGCAGAAGAUGAAUGCGAGGAAGCCAGUGUCAUUGCUAGUCAGAAUGCCAACCACGUAAGAACACACUCAGAACCAGAUGUGGAUGGGGGCGAUGAUCAUGGUCUGCCAAACAUUGAGUUAGACGAGACGAUAAACUGUGAUGUAUUUGAUGAUUCUCCCUAUGAUGCCUCCAAUCAGCGUGAUUAUAUGAAUGUAGCAGCAGAUGGAAUUAGAAUGAGUAAUGGAAAUCCAGUCCAACUGCGUCAGCCAAAAAAUGCUGAUCACAACUACUUGAACAUCUCACAUCCAAUUUCCGCAUCAAACAGCAGCAAUGUGCCAUCUAGUGCCCCACCCCCACAGGGACCUGGCCGUCUCAACUAUAUAGAAGUGGCGAAUCUGACAAAUGGUACAGGCACGACCACACCCACCUCCCCUGUAUCUUACAAUUCUUAUCCUGCAGAGUCACCCAGCAAAAGGACGGACAGUUACACUGUCAUUGACUUUGCUAAAACUCAGGCGCUGUCCAACUCGUCACGUGUCAUGAGUGAUGCUGCUGGGGAAGGGAUUCGUAAGACACGCCAUAACAGUACAAUCACCAGCUAGUGGAGUCAGCCUGUGUUAAAAUAUAGUAUUAUUUAUG